CCACAUGUUGAGCUGUGUGGGGUAUAAGUAGAUGGAAGAGCCCGGACUAGUGGCAGUUCAGCCAGGGAAGAGAAGCAGCUCUUUGCAUCUCUAGUGAAAGCAUUUCUCGACUCACCCAAGUUUACCCGAGGAGAAAGCACCGGGAUUUUUUUUGCAGCAGCAGCUUCCAGUGUGCAUCUCUCUGUGUUUCUCUCCAGCAAGGACUCUGCGGACGUUCAACUCCGGACAAGCAGGUAGCAGGAGACAUUCAGCCAACUCCUCUCUCCUUGUUCCUGGAUCCUGUCUCUCUCUGGGACACCCUGAGCACGUGAGACCGGCGUUUCCAGCUGGAAUUUGCCUACAACUCUGUGUGGGAUCCCCGGGGACCGAACAGCUCGCUCUGCGGUGAUAUCUGAUUUGGUUGUGUUUGUGUUGAAAAGUCCUUUGAGGGGGGUUUAGAAGUCUCUGUGUGUCUUUCAGGAAGUGCUGUGGUGGGGGUUUGUUGAGAGCCAGCUCUAGUGCCAGGGCUUUACAACACAGUUCUGUCUGUGUUUGACACUCGCACGGUCGGAGCCAUGCAGCUGGACAAUGUCACCAACGCUGGCAUCCACUCCUUCCAGGGGCACCGUGGAGUUGCCAACAAGCCCAAUGUGAUCCUGCAGAUAGGGAAGUGCAGGGCAGAAAUGUUGGAGCACGUCAGGAGGACCCACCGGCACCUCCUGACUGAGGUCUCCAAGCAGGUGGAGCGCGAGCUGAAAGGCUUGCAGAAGUCAGUGGGGAAGUUAGAGAAUAACUUAGAGGACCACGUCCCAACUGAUAACCAAAGGUGGAAGAAGUCCAUCAAGGCCUGCCUGGCCAGAUGCCAGGAAACCAUUGCCCAUCUGGAGAGGUGGGUCAAGAGAGAGAUGAAUGUUUGGAAGGAGGUCUUUUUCCGUCUGGAGAAGUGGGCGGACCGACUGGAGUCCAUGGGAGGCAAAUAUUGCCCAGGGGAGCAUGGCAAGCAGACUGUGUCCGUUGGGGUGGGAGGCCCAGAGAUAAGGCCGAGUGAGGGUGAGAUUUAUGACUAUGCCCUUGAUAUGAGCCAAAUGUAUGCACUGACCCCUCCUCCUGGGGAAGUGCCCAGCAUCCCCCAGGCCCAUGAUUCCUACCAGUGGGUCUCUGUGUCGGAGGAUGCUCCAACCUCCCCAGUGGAGACUCAGGUCUUUGAGGAUCCCCGGGAGUUCCUGAGCCACUUGGAGGAAUACUUAAAGCAGGUGGGUGGAACAGAGGAGUACUGGCUGUCUCAGAUCCAAAACCACAUGAAUGGCCCAGCCAAAAAGUGGUGGGAAUACAAGCAGGACUCUGUCAAGAACUGGGUUGAGUUCAAGAAGGAGUUCCUGCAGUACAGUGAGGGGACUCUGACUAGGGAUGCUAUCAAAAGGGAGCUGGAUUUGCCACAGAAAGAGGGAGAACCCCUGGAUCAGUUCCUUUGGCGCAAGAGGGACUUGUACCAGACUCUCUAUGUAGAUGCAGAUGAGGAGGAAAUUAUCCAGUAUGUGGUAGGCACCCUCCAGCCCAAACUGAAGCGCUUCUUGAGUUACCCCUUGCCCAAGACCUUAGAGCAGCUGAUCCAAAGAGGGAAGGAAGUCCAGGGCAACAUGGACCAUUCUGAGGAGCCCAGCCCACAGAGGACCCCUGAGAUUCAACCAGGAGACUCUGUGGAGACUGCACCUCCUUCAACCACUGCCAGUCCCGUGCCGAGCAAUGGGACUCAACCUGAGCCCCCUAGCCCACCAGCUACUGUCAUAUGAGCUAGUCCAUGGGAGGCAGCGGUCUGGGUUAUAUGAAAGGGAGAAAGGGGCUUAUUUAGGAAGCUUCUCCUUGGGGAGAGGUUCUGGCUGAGAUGAGACAUGAGGUGUGCUCAGUCCAACAGCCCAUAGCAGAGCAAUUAACUUUGCUUGUGGGGGGAGGGAGGUGAUGGGGUACCUUAGGAUGUGGUUGCCCACCUCACCUGAGCCAUGCAGUACGGUGGUGCUGGAGAUACUGCUUGCACCACUGUGGGGAACAGACAAUUUUAUGGGAUCCCUGACAAGAAACUAGAGACAAUUCCUAACUUCAGAAGCAGCUGCUUAGCACGGGCAGCUUGCAAGGACUUCAUAUGAGUGCAGCAAUUGGCUGAGGGUUUCUACCCAUAUGGAUCUUUCCUUCUCUCCUCCCUCUUCUGAAGAGGUGCCCUUGCCCUGAGGAAACAUCUUUCUUUUGACCCCUGCCCUUUUCUGGUUUAUCACUGGGCUUUUCUUUGCUUGGCAAUCUCCUGCUUUUAUUGCUCCAAAGGUUUAAAUAUGUUUUAAAGGUUUUCUUUAAAGGGAUUCCUAUGACUUCAGGAACUGAAAACUCUAAGGAACUGGAUUAUUUUUAGUGGUUUUUUUUUCAUUUCACUGCACCUAAUACCUGCUUUAAUGUUUUUCCUCUCAAGAGGCUUUUACUGGUUUAUUUCUUGCCUUAGUUUCGGCUCACUCUAAUGAAGGCCACUGCAGUGCAGAGGAAAAUCUCACCCUUUCUCUGCACAUUAUUCUGUGCAUUCAGCAGGAAACAAGAGUUUCAGAUUUAAUUCUGAGGUCAUUUAUUAAAGGGGAAGUCUCUUCCCUUUCAGAGAAGAGAGGAUGUUGAGGUGGACAGAGGAGGCACCAGAGCUAUUUUAAGAGGGUGGGGGGGAAGAGAAGGGAAAUAAAUCCUUAUACUUUGAAUUAAAAAAACAAACACAACCUAAAUCCAGAGCAAAAUACCCCUAGAGCAGCAAAUCAAAUCCAUGCUGAUGUGUGGAGACAACAGCAGCUUUUGCCAUGUAAAAGCAAAAAGAAGUGAAGAGAGGAGCUGUGUGUCCCAGCACAGUUUCAGCCUGUGCAUCACAAGGAAGAGUUUGCUCACACAGACAGAUACAAAAUGCUCUUGGAAAGCCCAACACCCUUGUCCUGGAGCACCUGAGGACAGAGCCGUGUUUGCUCACAAAGAGCUUUCUACGGCAUCUUCCUGUGGAUGAAGAUGGACUUGGACUCUGUGACAUUUUCCAUGUUGAGACAGUAUUGCUCAACAUUCCCCUUGCUUUGGCCAACACCUGAUGAUAGGACUUUGAGAUGACACUUCUGUAAGGCAUAUUCAUGAAGUCUGGCUCUUCAAAGCUUCCCGAGGCUGGACACAUCUCAAGCAGCACCUGCAUUCACCACCAGACCAAAUAAGCAACACCUCUGUCAGACAAGCAGCAAGGAUGCAGCAACAGGAAUGCCCCUGGGAUGUCCCUGGCACUACUACAGCAGUGACAUGUGGCACUGAUGGCUUGGAAGGCCUUUUGGCGUGCCUCCUUCCAAGAGGCUGAAGUGACUCACUCAGAUCCUCCUCUGAGAAGGACUCACUUCACAGUGCUCAGGGUUUGGAAAAUAAGCCAAAGAGAAAAAGCUUCGAAACCAAGGAUUCAACAUCAGAACUGCUGUCAGGAUCCCCAGCCACCGACUGCUGGAUCCACUGUCUGAAGGAAAGCCUGGCACAGAGAUCCCUGCUGCCGUUGCUGCAUUUCCUUCUCUGUGCCCAAGCGUUCUGCUUUCCCAGGGGAGAAGUGAGUGCUGCAGGACGACAGAGGGCAAAUCACUCACCAAAGAGCCUCUCAUGCAGCACAAUGCAGUUCAAGGUGCUGAGAGCCAGAAUGAAAGGGGGAAACCACUUCCGACAGGACAAAGAGAAGUCUGAGCUGAUCCAGGUACUCCAGGCAAAGAAGAAAGCCUUAAGAAUGAAAAGAGAAACCAAAAGGCAGAAGAACCAAGUCUCGGCUUUGUGGACAGCAAGGAUGCUGGUCUUGUGCUGACUGUCUGUUGAGAUGAUACCAUACCUCUGCAAUUUGGGGCCACUGGGACUCACCUAUAGACAUCUUCACUUAGAUUUUCAGCUAAAAGAAACUUUCCUGAUUAACUUUGCCAAAUGACUGACCCUACUUAGGCUACGAACCCUCCAUGCUGUUAAUGCUGUAACUCAUUUUUCCUGAGUUGAGGGUAGCUUCAUUUCAUGCGGGUAUUAGUUUCAAACCUCAAAGGGCUCUGGAGGUUCGGAGAAGCAUCCUGCAGUUCCAGAUGCUUGUCUGAACUGCUUGAGCCUGCACGACUGUCUUGCCAGAAAUGAUAGUCUUGUGGGACAGCAGGCGCUUCCUGGAUCUGCAUGGGCCAGAGUUACUGCAGGAACUGGGGUUCUUGUGCUGGCUUUGGCGUGACUGUUUCCAUCCAGACCCAGGGAGUGCAAACAGUGUGCAAAAGGAAGAACUUGGAUGAGUGGACAAGGCAGUUUUGGUUCAUAUCUCAGCUGAAGAGGUCCAGUUGGUUCCUCUCUCUUCCAGAGCCAACUGUCCUGGGUAUGCAUGUGCGCGUGUCAGUGCAGGUGUAUGUGUGUUGAGCAAUCAAAUCCACCUCACUAAAUUCUGUGGUGUUCUGUUACAUUUGAACUAAGCCAAUGGGACCUGAUGUGCAUUCCAACAAUGCUCAGCAAAAAUGUCCAGGACUAGAAAACUGGGUAAAACUAUGUAAAGGCAGACUUGACAAGCAUCCUCUCAAGGUCAAAAUGAUGUUUGAGGUGCUUAACUUCCACAACCCCUUACAAAGGACUUGGCAGCCUCAAAUAGGCAUUUUAUUUUUCAAUAGAUUUUCCUGCCUUUUUAAUGAAUUAUCCUGUCUGUGCUACUUGUUCAUUUGGUCCUGAGGUUUAUACAUUUUCAGCUGGCUUUUUGGAGUGUACAGAACUGAAUCUCCUGGACUGAUUUUAUUUCAAUUACUGCUCCUGGCAGGUCGGAGCUUUACUUGUAGCACCCUGGUUUAUAUUGCCAGCCUCUCCAGGAAGGGCUGGUAGUUUAUUUUCCUGGGGCAAAGGCACAUGAAUGAAGAAGUGUGUAUGUGUUGUGUCUGUGCAAUUUUAGUGGAUUUCAACCACUGGGGUUUUUUCCUUUCUUUUCCUUAGGCAAUUUUACAUUUGACUCUGACAAAACUACUUUAGAGGUUUUAUUUUUACUAGAGAUAUUAUUAAUUCAAGGAACCUUGUACAAAAGGCAAAUGCAUUGAAUUGCUACAGGUUAUAGGGGUUGAAGCCAAAAGGUCUUUGUAAGCCGACAUAACUCGCCCUAGAUCUGACCGUAUCAGGCAGUUUAUUCCUCAUGUGUCAUGUUGGAGUUACAAGAUCACACCAAGCCACUAGAACCUGUCAAUAGAAUAGUGCUACGCUCUAUUUGCUAUUGUAGCAAAACCUUUUGUAGAUUUAUACAAUAAAUCUUUGACAUAUCUGCUUCAA